AUGUCUACAGGAAUGUCCUCUGCAACGAUGGACAGAGAAGGGGGCCACACACGCUGGGCCAUAAAGAACCCACUGACAGGCCUGCGUUGGAAGCGGCUAGAAGAACCGUUGGGCUUUAUUAAACUGCUGGAAUGGCUCUUUGCUAUCUUUGCCUUUGGAAGUUGUGGUUCAUUCACUGGAGAAACAGCAGCAGUCGUGAUGUGUAAAGUCACAGAUACACAGACAGACACAGAUCUCAUCUCUGUGUCCUUUUCAUAUCCCUUCAGGUUGUACAGGCAACGAUAUGAGAUGCCACCAUGUGGUGACACUGAAGCCCGUGUCUUGCACCUCUCAGGAGACUUUUCUGCACCAGCUGAAUUCUUUGUGACAUUAUCCGUCUUUGCUUUCCUCUACUCUAUGUUGGCCUUGGCGAUAUACUUGAUUUUCCAUGAGAGAUACACUCAGAUCCGGAGAGUACCAGUUGUGGAUUUUUGUAUCACUGGAGGCUUUGCUUUCCUGUGGCUCGUAGCCGCUUCAGCUUGGGGAAAGGGUUUGACAGACGUGAAGCUAGCCACCCAUCCUUCUAGCUUAUUGUCAUCAAUGCCAGUGUGCCAAAUGGAAAAAGCAACAUGCAGUGCCAGCAUUGCACCGUUUUUUGGACUUGCAAACAUAUCUGUGCUCUUUGGUUUUCUGAAUUUCGUGAUUUGGGCUGCCAAUGUGUGGUUUGUGUUCAAAGAGACUGCAUGGAACAAGCAAUCACCCAACAAAGAAGAGUCUGCUGAGCGUGGGGAGGCUGCAGACAUUCAGUAA